AUGGCUUCGGAAGGCAAAAAGCGCAAGCGCGCUGCGUCAGUCAGUUCCACAGACAGGCAGGCAAAGCGAUACCGCGAAACCGAGAACCCUCGUGACCCGAUGCUCCUUCCCGCUGACAUCAGGAAAACAAUCUUCGACCACCUUCCCAUGUCCGAGAUCAUUCACUGCCGGUCCGUCAGUAAGACGUGGAACGGCGAGAUCCAGGGCUGGAUGGAGAAGUACCCAGUCCAAGCCGCCAAACAUCUUCGACCUUUUUGGAACACUUCUAUUCCCAACUCGGUCUGGAACAAGGUAUCGGAGGAUGACAUCAAGAAAGAUGCAUUGCUUUACGGGCGAUUACAAUCCGGAAAACACACUUCUCGCAUAGUGUCUGUGACCAGAGAAACCGAGGUUUAUGACUCUCCAGAGUGGAACCUCACUGUCGGCGCCUUUAACUGUCAGAUUAAGCACAGUGAAGAGAGGGAGGAGUAUUAUGUCUGCUGGAGGUCCCUCCAAGGUGCACGCAGCCGCAAAGUACUUUCGCUUGGCGAGGACAUAUUCGAUGGGGAUUACGUUCGGGGGGUACAUUUUCUUCUAAUGAACACAGAUGGUGCCAUCCUAGUCGACGCCCAAACACAGUACGGCCCAGAAAAUCGGUCACGCAGGUUGAUCGUUUACUCUCAGUACGAGGAGUACACAAUGUGGGAACAUAUCUACCCACAUGCAAACGACGAUUCUUUCAAGGUCCUUGGACUUGGGGAAUCUCGCAUAUACUGUGCCAUACGACAAGACAACAACGACGAGUACGACUUUGUUGCCAUCAACUUCCGCAACGGCAAAACCCUCUAUCGAGUUUCCAUACCCCAUCUGACUUGGGACCGCAUCCUCGAUAGCACAGCACCCUGCAAGGUCUUGUCGUCUACCUCGCAUACCGACGAAACUGUGGUUUUUACCGGAAAUGUCCGCCCCGUCGACCAGGCCUUAGAGGACAGCACGGAUAUGGUCAUUGUCAUCAACGGCAGAACCGGCCACAGGUACCCAGAUAUCUUGUGCUCACCUGCCAGAAGCAUACGUUGUAUUGGCGAUUCCAUGACAGGCCAGUAUGCACUAACGUGGUGCUUGCAAGCGUCUGAUGUUCCACCUGAACUGCAGAAUGCACACCCCGAGUUGGCGGACCACCACAUCACGCUCGCCCGCACAUUCUCAGCCCAUUCCGGCACGGGCGAGCAUUCGUCAUCAGGGGCCAUGGUUGUCGUGCACCCUCGACCUUUCAAUUAUAAUGCCGUGCACCCAUUCGCCAUGAUUGCUAUGGAUUACCAAUACCAGGAUCAUGGGGACUUUUAUAGCCAGUAUCUCACAUGCCACCCUCUAGUUCUUACGCGGGACAAUGCCAUUUGGGACGCUGCCAGCGCCGUGACCAAAUGGUUUUUUCAGGAUCCGACUGCCGUGACAAUCGGUUGUUUUACGCCCGGUGACGGAGUGGUUGUCAAACUCCCUGAGACACGUGCGGCACUUGCUCAUAAAACUGGGUCUCUGGGCUUGCCGCCUGGGACGAGGUUCAUUUCAAAUGGGAGGAUCGGGGCUAGACCACGGCCGACUGGCGCUGAGUAUACCACAGACUUGUGCUGGACAGACGAUGCCUGUCUCAUGGUCGAAGAUCCUGACGAGACUCUGAUUUUCGGUUUUGGCGAUCCCCGUUGUUUGCCUGAGCUUGAUUAG